CUGAUGUUCCUCCCAACGAGAUAUGUAAGUUGCAACAGCAAACAGAGCAGCCCUAGUCAUAUGAAUAACCUCGUGAGUUUGGAACUUGUGCUUAAAAUCUGUUACAGUUAAUUCACCGUAAAUGCCAUACUUUUCACUAGAGGGGGAAACUGGUUCGGGACGACUUUGAAAUCAGCGCGCAUGAGUACCAGCAGAUUACAGCACAUAAAGGAUCAUCUUUUGGGUGAAUACACGUGUGCAGAGAUGGCAGCUCCAUACAGCCCACUGACCACUCACGUCCUGAACACCGGGAUGGGCGUCCCUGGAGCCCGCAUGGCCCUCAGCCUGCAUCGCAUGGAUCCCUCCACUUCACUCUGGAACCUUCUCACCACAGGGACUACUAAUGAUGAUGGGCGCUGCCCAGGACUCAUCACCAGCGAAACUUUCACUCCAGCGGUGUACAAGAUGCGCUUUGAGACGGGCCAAUACUGGGAGAGUCUGGGAGAGACCUCUUUCUACCCAUACGUCGAGAUAGUCUUCACCAUAACGGACCACAGUCAGAAGUUCCAUAUUCCUCUGCUCUGCAGCCGCUUCUCCUACACUACCUACCGGGGGAGCUAGAGAGUCUGUCACUCACCCCCACUCACCAUCUCUCACCUGGGCCACAUUCAGUUGUCAAACGUUGUCUAAUCUCGGUUAACCCAGAACUAACGUCUUGCUUAAUUGUCAGAUGCUUGAUUAAGUUCCGGGUCCAUAUGUAUUAAGGGAAGAGAUCGCAACUGGAACGAAGAGCUCCACCCUUCUCUCUUUGCAAGUUACGGGCAAGUCUAUGGUUCAAAUGUCUCCUCCCCUUCCAAAAUUUGAAAGAUGCUAACACCUGUGAAAUCGUGAUUAGUCCAAAGCACCGGAACUAAUGCUGCUCAUUAUCUCACUCAUCCCGUUUAUCAUGCCAGAUCUACGGGACCAUUUAUGUUUACGUAGUCUGUCCACGAGAGAUUAAACAUUGUUGAACGUUGCAGAUAGAAAUGCCAUGACCAGAGUCUACAUGAUUCCUUGUUCUACAUGUCAGAUAGAAGAAAUAUGUUAUGAUGAAUAAACAUCUGAACGUUCCAAAGCGUUGUGUCCUGCUGAACGCGCCCCUGGCUGACUGUGACCCGCACCUGUCACCUGGGCCUAUUCAGGUGGUUGAAAGUCAUCCAUCAGUUAUUGUAGGUAGAAAUGUACCGAAGAAAGCACUCUUCUGUAAUACUAGUUAUACUAUUAUAGUUAUUGAGUACAGAACACAAGAACAGUAUCAUUUAUGUGGUACAUUUCUACCAGUAACAGUUGUUAUGUGCUCCUGUCAUCCAAGGCUCUCUGAGAGAUCCCAGUCAUUUGUUUCACUUGCCUUUUUGGACCAAUCGAUGACAGCAAACACUUUUUUUAUGUUUGAUCUGAUGUUAACAACAUUUCUAAGCUUUAUUAGACAGUGGGGUUGUGAUGUGUGCCAUUUCCUUCAGAAUAUUGAUUACCUAUUUUUGUGUCCUGAAAUUCAUUUUGAAAAAUCUAGAUAGCAAAAUAAACAAUUACAAUCUUA